AUGCUUAAGAGUUCUUUCUGGCUACUCGCUUGUAGCCUUGUGGCAGCUCAUGCGCAUGAGUCCGAUAAAGCUGUUGCCGCUUUGGAUGAUGGCACUCGAAUGAACUUCUACCCUGGCGGCGGAGGUACCGGGGAGGAGCGUGAGAUGGGCAACUCGCCGUGUAAGGCUUGGUGUGCAAAGCAGGACCCGAACAAAUUGCGUUUGAGUGCGAAAUGCCCGUUGCCAUACGAAGGAGGCUACAAAGGAGUGAUAAAAGGACUGCCAAUGCUCGAAAAUAUCCUUUGUGCGUUCGGAAUGUCGACCUUCGAGGCCUUGGUGGAGCUUGCAAUCGAUGUAAUUACCGGCGCAGGCAAAAUCCAGGCAGGACUCAAUGCUCCCGUUGUUGCGGCGGACUCUCGAUGA